CCUGAGUUUAAGUUGAAAAAAGAGAAAAAUAUGACACAAUGAGUACAAACUCUGCUGCAGUCUCAGCAUCAGUUGAAGAUGUUCAAGGUGACAACAGAUGGAGAAGUCAGCAUGAACGACAAGUCACGGAUUGUCAGCUGAAAAAACCUGAUGUGCUUUUUGUUGGAGACUCUCUGAUUCACCGAAUGCGAGACACAGAGGCAUGGGAAAACUACUUUCAACCAUUACAUUCAGUUAACGCAGGUAUUGGUGGUGAUUCCACUCAACAUGUUUUAUGGAGAUUAGAAAAUGGUUUACUAUCAAAUUGUUCUCCAAAGGUGCUUGUUGUUUUGGUUGGAACCAACAACCAUGGUCACACUGCCGACCAAGUAUCAGAAGCACUUGAGGCGAUAGCUUGGAGUGUUUAUAACCAGAGUCCACAAACUAAAACUGUUAUUUUGGGACUAUUUCCGCGUGGUGAAAAAGCAAAUCCUAUCCGCGAAAAAAUCUAUCAAAUCAACUACAACAUGGAACGAAUUAUCACGACUGUACCCAACGCUUACUUCUUGAUUGCAGACCCUGGGUUCGUUCGUCACGAUGAUACUAUCGCACCGGAGGACAUGUUGGAUUAUCUUCAUCUCACACGACGUGGUUACAAUCGAACGUGUCCUAUCAUAGCUAGGUUUGUUAAAAAAUUGUUAGCUGAUAUGACUGGCGCCUGUUGAGUUUUAUUUUUUUGCUUUUAUGAGGGAGAAAAAACAAAUCUGUCCUGUUACGUCGCAAAGCAACGCCCUCGCGUAAGCCUGUUUUUACGCCCGUCUUAUUCCGCGUGCAGCGUGAAAAAUUUACAAAGACUCGUAUUAGAUCAGAAAUAUGUUUUAAGGUACUCCGUUUAGAGUUUGGCGACUUUUUAAUAUUACCUGUCGGUUUUCGCCAUUUAGUUAAGCAUACACGUUUUGUUAUGAGAAACCAGAGCACUACAUUUCUGUUGUUGCAAAAAUAUAUGUAAAAAUUGCUUCUAGAAAGAAAGCGCUAUUUUUAAUGCUGUCUUUUGCCGUGACUUUUUGUCAGCUAUAGUAUAUUUAAUAUGUAAAAGUGAAACUUUUAUAUUUAUUUACCUUUCGUCUGAAUUUUUCUUAGUGUUGGUGUUGUUAAUAUUUGAAGAUAUUUUGAAUUUUUUUUAUUUAGAGACCAAUUGUAUAAUUUUUGAAAUUCAGUGAUCAGAUUUUUAAAGAAUUCACUUUGUCGAAAUACACUGUCCUUAUUUUUA